CCCGCCGGGAGCUGUCAGAGGCGGCGGGCGGGCGGGCGGCUGUGGCGAUCGCGGGAUGCGGCGGUGAGGGAGAGCGGCGGUCACUCCGGACCGGUUCCUGCAUCCCAUGAUGUGCCUAGAAAGCGACGGCUCCUCCGGUAGCAGCCCGGGUUGUGGCGGGCGUCUUCGAGCCGGUGACGAAGAGGAGGAGGAAGACGGCGAACGGGGCUGCUGCGGCCGGGGCGCUGAGGGCGAGGUGCAGACCCUGUCAGGCAGGAUGAACCCGCCGGCCGCCGGCAAGCACCCUGAGAGACCGACCGCCCGCCACAAGGCACCGAACCUCGGCCGGGCCCGGGUGGCAGCCGCCGGCAUCCUCAGCGUGGGCAACGUGCUCAACUACCUGGACCGGUACACGGUGGCAGGUGUGUUACUAGACAUCCAGCAGCACUUUGGAGUCAAAGACAGUGGGGCUGGCUUAUUACAGACAGUUUUCAUCUGCAGUUUCAUGGUUGCAGCACCCAUCUUUGGUUAUCUUGGUGACCGUUUCAACAGAAAGAUCAUUCUCAGCUGUGGGAUCUUCUUUUGGUCAGGUGUCACUUUUUCAAGCUCCUUCAUCACUGAAAAGUAUUUCUGGCUUCUUGUGCUCUCACGAGGUUUGGUUGGCAUUGGUGAAGCAAGUUACUCCACUAUUGCACCAACCAUCAUAGGAGACCUUUUCACCAAAAACACAAGGACCCUUAUGCUGUCUGUUUUCUACUUUGCAAUUCCUCUGGGCAGUGGCCUGGGAUACAUCACGGGGUCGAGUGUGAAGCAGGUUGCUGGAGACUGGCACUGGGCAUUGCGGGUAUCUCCACUCCUGGGAAUGAUAACAGGGACACUCAUCUUGAUAUUUGUACCUGCUGCUAAAAGAGGAAAUGUUGAACAACUUGGGGGACAGCUGAAGGCUCGGACCUCAUGGCUAAGAGACAUGAAAGCUCUGAUUAGAAACCGUAGCUACGUCUUCUCAUCACUGGCCACCUCAGCUGUCUCCUUUGCCACAGGGGCACUUGGCAUGUGGAUCCCUCUCUACCUUCACAGGGCACAGGUUGUGCAGAAGACAGCAGAGACCUGCAGCUCACAGCCCUGUGGCACCAAAGAUAGCUUGAUCUUUGGAGCAAUCACAUGCUUCACUGGUUUCCUGGGUGUAAUCACAGGAGCUGGGGCAACCAAAUGGUGCCGGUUAAAAACCCAGCGAGCUGAUCCUCUUGUCUGUGCUGUUGGCAUGCUUGGCUCAGCCAUCUUCAUCUGUCUGAUCUUCGUUGCUGCCAAGAGCAGCAUUGUGGGAGCCUAUAUUUGCAUUUUUAUCGGAGAAACUCUUCUGUUUUCAAACUGGGCUAUCACAGCAGACAUACUAAUGUAUGUGGUCAUUCCAACACGUCGUGCAACCGCAGUGGCCUUGCAGAGCUUCACUUCACACCUCCUGGGAGAUGCUGGCAGUCCUUAUCUGAUUGGAUUUAUCUCAGACCUGAUCCGACAAAGCACGAAGGAGUCCCCGGUCUGGGAGUUCCUCAGCUUGGGGUAUGCACUCAUGCUCUGCCCCUUUGUGGUUGUCCUAGGAGGGAUGUUUUUCCUGGCCACAGCCCUCUUCUUCCUAAGUGACCGAGCCAAAGCUGAACAACAGGUGAAUCAACUUGUGAUGCCUCCAGCCUCCGUGAAAGUCUGAGAUGUUGCCAGUGAAGAAAAUGACUUGUGGCCUCCUGCUCCCACCACCAGUCCCAAACUGGAAGCUCUUCCUUACUGGAAACCAGUGGAUCCUUCAGCUCCACAGCACCUUGGAAGGCUCAUCCAGCACCAACUCAAUCCUACCACUCCAGCCUGCAGGGUCAGGCACCAGGGGAUGAGCAGGGCAGCCUGGGACACCAGGACUUCUGGAGCACAAGGAAAUUCACCAGGCCCUCUGACCAUCAAAAGCAACUCUUCCACUGGACCCACCAUGUGCUACCCAAGUGAGUGACCAUAGCUUGUGUAAAUGGUUUUUAGUUGUAGCCAACAAAGUCUGCAUUGUUCUAGGGCAACUUCUGUCCUGUUGAAAGCUGCUGUUGUGUCAGCAGUCCCUCACCAGAGACUGCACUAGUUGGGGACCUAUUCUGUACAUCACCUUUUCUUUUACACUGAAGGCUCAAUUCAGAUUAUUAUUUUUUAUUUAAAUAUGUCAUAAGAUGCUUUAUCUCUGCUGGAGACAUUAGGUAACAGAUAUAUAAAUAUAUAUAUUUAGAUAUAGAAUUUUUAUUUAAACAUUUAAAAUCUGGAGCUGCCUGUACAAGCAGACCAGACACAAAUAACAUCCACAACUCUCCUCAGUGCCCCAGUAUCAGGCCCUGCAGGAUACCAGGUGGUACCUGUCACCUGAGCUAUGGGACAGAGGAGAGACUUCCACUGGGUGUGCUAGUGGUUGUUAACAGAAAGCCCAGAAGAACUUCAGAAAGAAAUACCUUGGGGGCUCUAGGGUUUGCUCAGUAUGCUAAAAUUCAGCCUCACCUAAGGGGUUGACAGGUUUUUUAAAUGCCAAAAUCCAUCUGGGUGAAUUGCUUUUACCCAGGGCUGGGUAAAUCCUGCUGUGGCAGUGACAUUGUGUUUUGUUUACAUGCAUAUCAAACGUGGUGUCAGUGCUCCCUCUCCUUCUCCCAGUAUUCCCAGAGCUGGUGGCUGAGGCUCUGCUGGAGCUGUUCCCUUAGGUUCACUGCACACCCAGGCCCCCUCCCAGGAUCCCCCCCUCUCCCUGGGCUCUCAGUUGGUCACUUUUAAUCUUUCUGAAGAUGGAUCUGAAUCAAUUACUGACCUUGUGGUCAGUGUCAGCACUGUGUGGGUCCAAAGCACAGAGCUGUCACCAGAACCUUGUCUCCUGCACUUCCCCCCCCAGAGCAAGCCCAGUUCAUACUGGGUCAGCUUGAUGCUGCAAGGGUGUGAGGAAGGAAGGAGAGCAGGGAUCCUGGAGAAGAGUCAGGAUUGCAGAGACAGGGUACUGGGUCAGGGAACUCCCUAUUUCCUUCUUUCUGUUCAGGUGCCUCCCCCAGUUUAGAUGCUCCCCUCCAGCACCCAUCUCAAGGAGGUGACUGCUCCUCCUGGGCUCAUAUUUCAGGAGUGGCUGGAGUAAGUCUACAAGGAGGAGUAAAUCAGCAAAGGAAAGGCCAAGGUGGGACUGGGCACCAGUUAAGUCUGGAAGCUGGCUGGCCUGACUCUGCUCAGUGUGUCCAGAGCCACAGCAAGGUACUGGCAGAACCUUUGGGGUUUUUAUCCCCACUCCACCUGUGCUAGGACCUUCAGUAGAGGUGGUUGGUAACUCCAGUGACCAGAAAUGAUCACUACUGACUGUCCAGGUGACUCCUGUAACAGUGUGAGCUUUCCUCCUCAUGGAACUCCACAGCACUCUUCUGCAGAGGUUGUUCUGUCACCUGAAAUACCUUAAGCUUUAAGGUUUGGCUCAACAACUAAAGCCAGGAAUUUUCCUCAAGUGCCUGAGCAUCCUCUGGAGAACAGCAAGUGGGUGCUAGAGAUAGUAAAGCAAAGCAGAUCCAAAACUAUGCUUUAUUUCCAACCCUGUGCCACUAUUUGCACUUGUAGGGGAAACACCACCUCCUUUAGUUUGGGAGCCAAACACUUGGCUUUAAAGGCACACGAAUUUCUGACUCCCAUUAAGAAAUCUCUUGUUAAGCUGUUCAAAAAGAAACAAAAAGCAACCCAGCAAUCAGUCAAUCUCAGAGACCAAAGCUAAUCAGCCACAUUUCCCAAGUUGCUGUUCUGAAAGGCUCUCUCUGUUGUGUAGCAUUUAUUGUCAACAAAAUGAAGCAUUCCUCCUAAAGUUCAGAGAUGAGGAAUUGUCCUUAAACUUAAUUCUCAGGAGCCAAGAAUGAAAAGGGAACUUCAGUGUUUGAAUUCACCAGCUCUCCUUGUUGGUGAGCAGCCCCAGUCUUGUUGGAGGAGCACAGUGCAGUGACAGGAGCUCAGCUCUGUCCCCUGGGCUUAUGAAGGAAAUUGCUGUGGCUUUCUGUUAAAUGUGGGAAGAGGGAAGGGAACAAGCAAGGUAGAGAGGAGCAAAUCCUACCUGCAGCACUUCCACACCAAGGGAUUCCUGGCUCAGAGAGGGAAGCCAGAGCAGCAGCAGCUAUGAUGGCUCAGAGGAGAGGAACAGAAGGGAAAAGGAACUCAGCCCUUCCACCUCCUGCAGAGGUUGCUGGCCCAGACCUGAAUGGCCAGAAGCUGAAAGGUUCUGUUCCUUGGUGAGUGGUUCUUGGUUCAGCUGUGAAGAACUGUUAAGUCAGCGCUCCUAGAAAGGUGUUUGGUCUGUCAGAGGGAAACCAGUUCACUUAGACCAAGGGGGGCUGUAGAUGAAGGCAAUCAGAGCUACAUCAAGCCUAGACACAAAACAUCCAUGUCAGCAAACAGCAACUGGGCUUGUGUUGCCCUGUAAGCCCCAUCCCAGGAUUUUAACACAAUCUCAACAUAGAUUUCCCAGGACAUUGGCCAUUUCUGCCAGUAUUACCAUGGGGACAGUCACUGCCUGGCCUUGGAUCUCUGCUGAGAUGCUGUAUAAAAAAAGCCACGUUGUGUUUCUGUACUCUUGGAGAGGUCAGCAGUUCCCCAUUAUUUAAAAAAAAAAAAAGACUCCCAGUACUGCAUUAUGCUGGUGCUGGACUCUGCACUUGGUGUGCAAUAUUCUGCUGGUUUUCCCUCUGGCUCCAUUUUUUGCAGCUAUGGAUGUAACCAGGCUUGGAAGCUGUCAGGGCCAGGGGGUUGCUGACCUUGUGAAGCAGUGGAACAAUUUCUGGUCUGUUCAUAGGAAGUCUCUGGAAUGAGAAGUUGAGUAUGGAUGCACGUUACUUAUAGCCAAGCUGAGUUAAAAUUAGUCAUUAAAAUUAUCACUCAUUAAAAUUAGUAUUUCUGGUUUUAGGAAGAAAGGCUGUUAAUAGGAAAAGAAAAUUAGUUUUUAAUAACCAAUCCACAUAAUUUUAGUACCCAUCACACUGAAGGAAGCAGGAUUCCAGCCCUGUCACUUACAGAAGUGGCUGUUCAGGUCAUCAAGGUUAUGUCUGUAGCUUUGAAACUUCACUACAAAAUCAAGUAGUCCCAGUAAGGAUGGGAAUACCUUUAAAGCCCCUGAUCUCUUGCACAAAAAUCACUUUAUGUGAAUGUCUGCAAAUUA